UUCAAGCGCUGGAGGGAAGUAGUGAAAGCAAACGUCAAGGGCGUCAUUUUCCAGACAGACCCCAAUGACAGAAGCACAAGUCAAAUAGCCAAGACCCAAUUUCCUCUUGUUGUUACCAACUUCACUGAAUUCGGCCGUUUCGAAUCCCCCCCUCCCGAAGAAACUGUACCCAGCCUCCACCAGAAACAACCCCCCAGAUCAGGCGAAUCAACCCUUAAAAAGGCACUCAACACUCGAUCGAUCUCAACUGAUUACCCAAUAUGAUUCGUGUCUACCCAUCGAUGGCAAUGGCGGAGAGGGUGUCGUGGUCCUGCGCCUUGCUCUUGGCGUUGAUGCUGGUUCGGAGCUGCUGCGAGACGGCGGAGACUGAGACGGCUACGGCGGUGAAGGAGAUGAAGAUGCUGAAGAAGCCGUGCGACGAGAUUUACGUCGUCCGGGAAGGCGAGACCCUGCAGACGAUCGGCGACAAGUGCGGCGAUCCGUACAUAGUGGAAAAGAAUCCCCAUAUCCAUGAUCCCGACGAUGUGUUUCCCGGCAUGCUCAUCAAGAUCACCCCUCUCAUGAUCAAUAGGUAGAUAUAGAUUUGCUCUUUAUAUAUAUGUAUAUAUACGCAUAUAUAUAUCGGGUGUUCUGAUUAAACCAUGAAUUUGCAUGGUCUCUUUUUGAUCGAUGUGCAGUUUAAUUUGAUUGGCGUUCGAAGUGUUUUUUUUUUUUUAAAUUGUAAAGUGUUCGAUGAUUUUAAGAUUCGGAUGUUUUGAUGAUUAAUAAUUAGACAUAUGAAAAAUUUUGUUUUUCUUCAAUGAGGUAUAUAACAAAUAUAUAUAU